UACUCGAAGCUGUUGGUGUAUAAAGAGGCAUGUAUUGUCAUUCGCAGACCACAGCACCCCGAAAGCGAGAAGCAAAAAUUUCAUUUGCCAAAUCAAAAGCAGCAGGUCUUCGACUUUGGUGUAUUGAUGGCGUUACUUCGAAUGUUACUGUGUCUGUUAGCUGUUGCCGUAUCCGUAAAUGAAUCGGCCCACGUUCUCCAGAAAAGAAGUUUCGUCCAGCUUGGCUGCAUGGGGAUGUUCGACAGAUCAAAAUUUGCACGUCUGGACGCAGUUUGUGAAGAAUGUUACGAACUUUAUAGAGAACCUGAUCUUCACUCUCUAUGCAGAUCAAACUGCUUCAAGAAUAGCUACUUUUCCAAGUGUGUCGACGCAUUGCUUCUCACGGGUGAACAAGAGGAAUUAGACAAUACAGUUCGACAGUUAUACGGCAAGAGGAAGUGAGGCUACUACAAAGAACAGACACAAAAACACAUGAUAUGUGUACCAGAGGAGAGCUUAAACUCGCUUUAAAUUAUUGCACUGUUUAUUUCUUUCGUUUUUUUAUUUCCUUUUUGUUGAUAGUUAUUUAUUUCAUGCAAAGACUGGUGACAGAAAGACCUGCGCUACCAGAUCAGCAAAGAGAAUGAAGAACUGAAAGUUAUUAUUUUCCCAGUGUGAUCAUUUCUGACAGAAGCGUUUUAUCUGUGUUAUUUAUUGAGUCUCAGACUUAUGUUUAACUAUAUAUUGAAGAUGUACAAUUUACAAACCUAUUUUCUUUACAUUUGUGAUUUUAGUAUGAUAAAAUAAAUUUAUAAUGGCAACACUGUUA